CGCGCAUGCGCGGUGGCGCUGGAGGAACUGGGCUGGAAGAUGGCGGCGAUGGAGAGAGCCGGGAGGAGGCGGGGAAUGACGGCUGUUGUAGGGAGCUGCUGGGUCUCGCUCCAGGCUUGGUGUGGGCCGCUGCCGGCGCUGCUUCUCGCCGUGCUGGUGGCGGGCUCCUGCGAGGGGAAUUCGGUUGAGAGGAAGAUCUACAUCCCCCUGAACAAAACAGCGCCGUGUGUUCGUCUUCUGAAUGCUACACACCAGAUCGGCUGCCAGUCCUCCAUCAGUGGAGACACAGGGGUGAUACAUGUGGUCGAGAAGGAGGAGGACCUAAACUGGGUGCUUGCUGAUGGCCCACACCCACCCUACAUGAUAUUACUAGAUGGAAAUCUCUUCAACAGGAAGGUAAUGCAGCAGCUGAAGGGAACCUCACGAGUGUCAGGCCUUGCAGUGUCUAUUGCCAAACCUAACCCUCCCCAGGGAUUUUCUCCUGGUUUGAAGUGCCCCAAUGAUGGGUUUGGUGUCUAUUCCAAAGACUAUGGCCCUCAGUACGCACACUGCAAUAGGACUGUGUGGAAUCCAGUGGGGAGUGGGCUUUCAUAUGAGGAUUUUGACUUCCCCAUUUUUUUACUUGAAGAUGCCAAUGAGACUCAAGUUAUUAAGCAGUGUUACCAAGACCACAACGUCCCUACUGAUGGAUCUGGCCCUGAAUACCCUCUGUGUGCCAUGCAGCUUUUUUCCCACAUGCAUGCUGUCACCAGCACUGUUACCUGCAUGAGACGCAACUCCAUCCAAAACACCUUCAGCAUUAAUCCAGAGACUGUAUGCGAUCCUCUGCUUGAUUACAAUGUGUGGAGCACCUUGCACCCUAUUAAUUCAUCUGAAAAAGUUGAUCCUAAGAAGGAGUUUAUUAUGGUUGCUACACGGAUUGACAGCCAUUCCUUCUUCUGGAACAUUGCACCUGGGGCAGAGAGUGCUGUCUCCUCUUUUGUGACCCACUUGGCUGCUGCUGAAGCCCUUCAUAAGGCAUCAGAUGUUCAUUUGCUGCAAAGGAAUAUAAUGUUCACCUUCUUCCAAGGGGAGACUUUUGAUUAUAUUGGCAGUUCACGAAUGGUGUACGAUAUGGAAAAAGAUAAAUUUCCUCUCCGUUUGGAGAACAUCCAUUCUUUUGUGGAGUUGAAUCAGGUGGCUCUAAGGAAUGGCUCCAUUUUGUGGAUGCAUACAGACCCCGUCUCUCGGUUGAAUGCAACUAUUGAGCCCCAGAUUAAAAACCUGCUCGAUAUUCUGAGUAAUAGCAGCGUAGGAGCAAAUGUCACUUUCCAGGAAGUUGGAUUUUCUCAGUCUCUUCCUCCAUCUUCAUUCCAACGCUUCCUUCGAGCCCGGCACAUUCCUGGCGUUGUCCUGACCGACCACCAGGCUUCCUUCCAGAACAGAUACUACCAGAGUAUGUACGACACUCCAGAGAACAUCCGGAUGCAAUACCCCGAGGGGCUUAGCCCCGAGGAGACCCUGGAGUAUGUUACAGACACAGCCAAGUCUCUGGCAGAAGUUGCCACAGUGGUCGCCCGUGCUCUCUACCGGCUUGCAGGGGGAGCCAACGACACCUCUGCUAUUCAGGCAGAUCCAAAAACGAUCACUCAAAUGCUCUAUGGGUUUCUGAUUAAAAUGAACAAUUCCUGGUUUCAGUCCAUCAUUAAACCAGACCUGAAAGGGAUUCUGGGUGAUGAUGUUCCCCAGCACUACGUUGCUGUUUCCAGCCCUGUGAACACUACCUACCUUGUGCAGUAUGUUCUGGCCAAUCUCACAGGCACUGUUGUUAACCUCACCAAGGAAGAGUGCUUGAACCCUGAAAAAGCACCUAAUGCUGAGAAAGAAAUGUAUGACUAUGCCUGGGUGCAGGGUUCCCUGGACCCUAAUUCAACAUCACGAGUCCCCUACUGCGUUCGGUCAACCGUUCGCCUGAGCAAAGCACUCUCUCCUGCCUUCGAGCUGAGGGAAUGGGGAUCUACAGAAUAUUCCACGUGGACAGAGAGUCGAUGGAAGGAGAUCCGUGCCAGAAUAUUUCUAGUAGCCAGCAAGGAGCUAGAGAUAAUCACUUUGGUUGUGGGCAUUGCCAUUCUGGUCUUCUCUCUUGUCGCCACACAUUUUAUCAACGCCAAAGCAGAUGUACUUUUUAGCAUCCCUCGGGACCCUGGGGCUGUGGCUUACUGAAGAUGCUCUCAAAGCAUGAGAAGUCUUAGUCCUUGGAUUACAAAUAUCAAAGAGAAAACUACACUGGAAUGCCCCUCUCUCUGGAUAGGGACGGAAAUGGUUCUCUCCAGAGCCUCCAUGCUCAAGUUAGGAGCCCUGAAAUGUAAGAGACUGUGUGCCUAUCAAGCCCGAAAGAAAUUGUGACUGAGAAGUUCCCGAAGCCUUCUGUUUUUAAUUUGUCCUUCCUCUGAGAGACGUGAGAGGGUUGUUCCUGAAUGCCACCGAGGUGACAAAGCAAUGGACGUGUUCCCUACGUGAUGGUGAGGGUGGGAGGGGUAUUUUCUCUGGGAUAUGUGUGGACCAGUGCAUUUCCAUGGUGUCCAAUAGCAUGGGUUGCCUGUUAACGUCCAACAGUUGCUGUGAAUCUGUGUAUAUACUACAAUGCAGGGAGGACAAGCGUGUUUAACACAUGAUUAGUUGUAAAAUAUCCUUUUUUUUAAAUGGUGCAAUAUUUUCUGGGUUUUGUAUAUAUAUAUAUAAAUAGUUCUGUUUAAUUAAAAAAGAAAUCUCUGCUUACAGAUUAA